UCUAGGAAGCUUGAAGCAAGCCACCCAUAUAUUUUGAAAGUAGGUAUUAUUGCUAAAGCUACAAUGAGAUGCAAUGCGUGCUGGAGGGACCUAGAAGGGAAAGCUGUUAGCACCUCUUGUGGUCACCUAUUGUGUACCGAAGAUGCUGGUAGGAUUCUCAGCAGUGAUGCAGCCUGCCCAAUUUGUGACCAAGUACUCUCUAAAAGUCUUAUGAGACCUGUGGAUAUCAAUCCAAAUGAUGAGUGGAUCAAUAUGGUCAUGGCUGGGAUAACUCCUCAAAUAUUGAUGAAAAGUGCAUACAGAAGUGUGAUGUUUUACAUUGGGCAAAAGGAACUGGAGAUGCAAUUUAAGAUGAACAGGAUAGUGGCUCAGUGCCGACAAAAAUGUGAGGCAAUGCAAGAAAAAUUCACAGAAAAACUUGAGCAAGUGCAUACUGCAUAUCAGAAAAUGGCAAAGAAGUGCCAAAUGAUGGAACAAGAAAUGGAGAGUUUAUCCAAAGACAAGCAAGAACUUCAGGAAAAAUUUUCUGAAAAGUCCAGGCAGAAAAGAAAACUUGAUGAAAUGUAUGAUCAGCUAAGAUGCGAGUACGAGUCCAUGAAAAGAACAGCAAUUCAACCUGUGAACAACUUUUAUUCUGGACCUGAGCCUGAUUUGUUUGCAAGUCCAGCUAACAUGAUGCCUAACAGAGAUCCUCUGAGGAAAGAUUGGCCGGCUUACACUCCUGAUACACCAGGGGCUCGAGAGGAUAUAUGGCCUUCAGCAGCUAGACAGAAUAGUUCUAAUUCUGGUCCCUUCGAUGUUUCUGGUGGCUCGCCUGUAAAACAGUCAGUCAGGCCAACUGAUUUUAAUAACAGAAGAGGUAUUAAUCGUACAGCAUUUGGUGCUGGAGCGGGAUCUGGACCUGGAUCGAGAGCAGGAAACCCAUCAAUGACUUUAAGAAAUCUCAUCAUUUCACCAAUAAAGCGACCUCAACCCUCCCGAAGUCGUCCUCAGAUGUUCACGCUGUAAAGAGGAGUGAAUCUGAGUUUGUGGAUUGAACCUGGUAUACUUGAGCUACUUGGCGAGCAGCUUAUGUUCCUUGCUUGCACACCAAGUGAACAAAUUGUACAUAUGUUUUUUUUAUCAAAAUUUUAGGAGCGAA